AUGUCUCCCCCCUCACAACCCGCGCAAGCGCAUCUCGCCGAAGCCACUGCCAGCCGUGAGAUCGAGACUUCCCAACCCCAGACUCACCAGCCCAUGCAAAUGAUGCAACAAGAUCCUCAAAGCGAGCAAAAGACCGUCGGAAUGCGCGGCGGCGACGGACGCGGCGGAGCGUGCCCUGGACGCUUCUGCUUCUGCGUCCCGUGCCCGCUACCUUGCGAUUUCUGUAUUAUUUGA